AUGGAAGAAGUUAAUUUCCAAACUAGAUAUAACUCAAAAAAUAAAAUAAAGCCAAACUUUAAUCAUAAUAAUCAAAAUUUAUCGCACAAACCAACACAACAACACCUAAGUUUUACAACACCUAUUCAAUAUAAGUUUUCUAUUCCACAGAAUAAUCAAAUAUUUAAACCAACAUUUAAACCUAAUUUUGUACCUAAUAUUAAUAACAAUAGAUUUAACCAACAGCCACAAGGUUUUAGACCAAAUCUACAUCAACCAUUUAAGCCUAACUUUAAUAGACCCUUUAAUGGUCCACCACAACAAUUUCCACGUGCUUUAAAUAAUUAUAAGCAGUCAGGAUUCUUUAAACCAAAUCCUAACCAGCAAUUUAGAUUUGGGAUUAAUACCAAUCAACAGCAUAAACCGCAUUCUACAUCACAUACAGACGUAACAAUGCGUACCGUACAAAAUAAUAUGCUAAAUGAACAAGAAGCUGACUAUGAAUUCGGACAAGACUAUGACGAUACGGUUAUAGACGAAUUUAAUAUGGAGGAAGAUACACAAUAUACUAACGAAUACAGUAGUGAAGAAAUAGACGCAAAUAUUCAAAUAGAAGCCUCUCCAACACCCCAACCGAAAUAA